AUGUCGAGUCCACCACCGCCGAAAAAGCAGAAGCAGACACAGCCCAUAACGUCGUCCAAUGCGGCCAACAAGGAGGUGUCGGCGCCUCAGACGCCGCUGGCGCCCAAGCCAAAUUCUGAGCCUCUCCUGAUGCCAGCAACGGACCCAGGCAAUCCUCGAAAGCGUGGUCGAGCUACGCCGAGUCCCAAGUUGAACACCUUACCCCCGCAAACAGGAUUGCCACCAGAAUCACCAUCGACCACACCCAGUGUGCCCGGUGUGCCCAUCAAUGCGUUGCUGAGCGACGAAUCGGGCAAAAAGCGCAGUCGCACCAACACUCCGUGGACGCCGCAGGAGGAACAACGCCUAAAGCAAAUGCGAGAUGCGGGUCACAGUUGGAGCGAGAUUGCAAAAGUAUUCGGGCCUGACAUGCACUACGCAGAGUUUGCUGAAGACGAGGCAAGGUUCGCGCUCAUCUUGUAUGUCACCGGAACUAACCUCGUCCAGUCCGCAGCCCUGCGCGAAGCCAUCAAAGAAUACGAUGCAAACAAAUGGAAAGCGAUCGGGCAGAAGCUCGGCAAGCCAGCAAAAGCAUGCGAGCAGUAUGCGCGAGAGCAUUUCAGGAACGGCUGA